GCAGAGGAGGUGAGCGCAGCGGGCUCGCCUCAGCCCGGCGGACAGACAGAUGGGAGUGGCGCCGGCUCCGUGAGCACCAGAUUUGUGAUCUCUGUCACAGAGCUGCUGUGCCAUUGGCUUCUGCGCACGUGCCGGUCCCGGGCUGGCUCUCCGCGAUGAGCCGCCUGCUCCUCUAGUGGGAACUUCACCACUGCAGCCCGCCGGGGGAACGUUUUUACGUCUUUUUUCUGAAGGACGAACGAGUCCGGCGGCUCUCCCCAUGAUUUCAUUCCACUAAAAGCCCCAUCGAGGCAGCACACUUUCUUCAUGGCGUCUCCUCAACAGUCAAGAAUUCAGUCGUAUCUGGAGAAGAACAAAAUCGGACCCCUGUUUGAGGAGCUGAUGACCAAAUUGAUAACCGAGACUCCAGAUCAUCCGAUCCCUUUUCUCAUUGAUCAUCUGCAGACCAAGCAAGAUAGCCCCGGUAAACUGCACAAAGCUCUGUCCGGUUCCGCAGCGCUGUGGGCGCAGAGCUCCCCAGAAAAUAAAAAUACUCGAAGGGAAUACAGCAACUUUGAGAAGCCGUGGCAAAUUCACCCAAAGAAACCCAAAAAAUCCAAAAGUGACCUGGCUGUUUCAAGCAUCUCUCCACCUUCACCAGAAUCCAAGUCCUUGCCACGGUCCGUCGAGUACCCGUCCUGGGACUGGAGAGAAAGCCGGGACUUUGAUGAGCUCAGCCACAUUCUGCAGGAGAGCAAGAAGCUGGGCAAGGCCCUGGAGAGCCUGUCACGCAGCAUCGCCUUCUCUGAUGAACUUGAUCAGACCUUUGGAGGAUUCAACUCAGUCCUGCGCCCUCGGGUGGUGGGGGAAUGGGCGGGGCGUGAGGAGGAUGAUGCGGACCCGCUGGCUGCUGAGAUGCUGCACCCUCCAGUCCCGCGGGUCAAGACGGAAGUGUACUGGAGCAGCAGAGACAACAGCCCAGCCAGAAGUCUGAAGAUGGAAACAAAGAGUAAAGGCUUGAAGGAGCAGCAGCAGCAUCACAAGAAGCUCCUGGCUGCCAUGUUGUCCCAGGACUCCUUUGAUUCAGUGAACAGCUCCAACGCCUCCGUGGUGGAAGAUGAGAUUGAGGACGAGGACGACGCCAUGGAGCUUCUGGAGGACCUGGAUGACCUGAGGAUGGAAGGCGUGAUGGGGCUGGUUCCAUCCGGCAGCAAGUUCAGCCAAGGACGCAGCUCCUACCACCCUGAACCGCAGGCCAAAGUGACACUCAACAUCUGCUCCAGAUGUGCCAGGCUGCAGGGGGACACUGUAUCAGACAGCCGAUCCGAGGAAGAGCUUCGGCCUCACAUCCCCGAGCAAGCCGUGCCCGACAUCUCCUCGCCGUUGCCCGGGGUGGACACAGCGGCGGUUCGACUGCAGGAAUGCGAGGCCUUAUCUCAAGUGUCAAGUUCUCGUCAGGCUGUCUGGGAGACGGAUCUGAAAGCUGUGCGAAGAGGGAGCUCUGUGGGGCAGACAGACCCACUACUGGGAGACUCCCUCUUCUCCAAAGAGCUGGAGAACAUGGGCAAACAGCUCGCUGAGGUUGAAAAGGAUCUGGCCAAGCUGGCAGAAGCUGGGAAGAUGACUUCUCGGAGCUCCAACAACCCGCACAGUAGUCUACUGCACACCCCCCUGCACCACAGAACUCUACCUGACACACUUCCCCUCCCCAGCCUCCUCUCCAGGCCCCAGUCUCCCUCGACCAGCUUCUCAGGCAAGCCUUGUGGCAUUGGUUUCCCUUUGCUAAACACCAAGCCCACCACCCUGGUCAUGGGUCGGACGCAGUCUCCCAGCAACCCUGGGAGCAGGACUCAAACCCCGAGAACACCCAGCAAGCCCCUGACCCCAAAUAGCUUUCUGACACGCUCGAGUUUUAACCCUGGAACUCAUAAAGAGGUGACGUUCAGGAGGUCGAGGAGCCGCCCUGUGACACCCACAUGUCAGCCCACACUCCCCCGUCCGCUGCUCACCCCUCCUGGGCUGAGCACCACCGACAGCCUCGGUGCCAGUCUUCGGGCUUACUUGUCUGAGGAUGAGUUUUACCAGCAGUUGCAGGCCAUCAGGCAGCCUUGGCACGUUCCCAGUGACACAGACAGUGACAUCCUGGAGCCUCCAGAACAGGAUACGAGUGAUUCAAGAAAAGUCAGCAAAAGAUCUUUGUUUUCAGGCCUUUAGUGAUGAGGAGCAGAGAUCCAACCAAACUAUUAUGCAAACCACUGGACAUUUUGAAUAUGUGUACGGAGAUAAAUAUUUUUAUAAUUCAUGAAUGAAAAGAAAAAAACAAAACAAGAUUGUAUACUUUUUUACAGAUAUUUCUUAGGCAUUGUUCUGCAACUAUAUGAUGAAAUUGUAUAAAAUUAAUUGAGAAUGUGGAAUAUACAGUUUAUUUAUUUUUUUCCUCACGGCAUGCUGUUGAAUUUAUUCAUGGAGUUGAGAAAAACAUGCAUUUUGACCCUCUUUUCUAGCCCAAGUGCAUAUUUAGACCGACAGAGCAGCACACCAAUAUUGAAAAACUCCUAUUGGCACACACUGUUAAAAUAAACUGUUUUCAGAUAGAUGCAAAGUAAAGUUGUUAGGAGAAUUCAUGGAAUGCUGUUUUGUUUAUUAAACUCAUUGGAUAAAAACAGA